AUGGAAGCACUCCACCAUUGCCAAACGCGUGCAAGGGAAGCCGAAAAGACAGCAAAGCGGGUUUAUGCUGAGAAGGAGCACAUUCUUAAACUCUUCUUCAGACAAACUGCACAACUUUUUGCCUAUAAGCAGUGCUUCCAACUUCUGCAGCUAAAAACCCUUCCAUGGAUGCCGUACAAAGGUAGGAAACAGCAGAAGAGCUGGCAGAAGGCUACAGGGGGGAAAAGAGUCAAGCGAGGGCGACCACAACAUGAUCUCACAAAAUACGCUGUUGCUUUUGCAUUGGGAUUGGGUCUUGUUGGUGCUGGCUUACUCGUGGGAUGGACUGCAGGGUGGAUGUUACCUCCUUUCUAG